AUGAGCAGGGCGCUGCUGGCCGGCAGGAUGCAGCCGGAGAGCCGGAACGUCUGUGUCUUCCUGCCCACCCGGGAGCAGCUCAGCCUUGACGUCGGGGUCAAAGCCACUGGACAGGAGCUCUUUCAGCAAGUUUGUGAUUUAGUGAAGAUUAAAGAGCCUCACUUCUUUGGCCUCAGCGUUGUUAAAAAUAAUGAAUAUGUUUUUAUAGACCUGGAGCAGAAGCUUAGCAAAUACUUUUCAAAGGAAUGGAAGAAAGAGACAACCAAAGGAACGGAGAAAUUCAGCCCUCCUUUUGUUGCAUUCUUUAGAGUACAAUACUAUGUCGAAAAUGGAAGAGUAAUAAGCGAUAAGGUGGCACGGCAGCUCUACUACUGCCAUCUCAAAGAGCAAGUACUUAUGUCUCGGUGCAACCACAAAGAAGAAAUCUAUUUCUUGCUGGCUGCCUACAGCUUACAGGCAGACUUGGGCAACUACAGGGAGAAGGUCCAUGCUGGCAAAUAUUUUGAACCUCAGGCUUAUUUCCCACAAUGGAUAAUUGCAAAGAGGGGGAGCGACUACAUCUUGAAACAUGCCCCAGAGAUGCACCGAGAACAGGAAGGGCUGAGCGCUAAGGAAGCAGUGCUGAAGUUCAUUAAGGAGUCCUGCCUGCUGGAAGAUGUGCCUGUCCACUUCUACAGGCUGCAGAAGGAUAAGAAGGAGGAUCGCCCAACAGUUAUCCUGGGCCUGACCCUGAGAGGAAUGCACAUCUAUCAGGAAGUGAAUCACGUUCGCCAGCUCCUCUACGACUUUCCCUGGUCACACAUCGGGAAGCUGGCGUUUCUGGGGAAGAAAUUUGAGAUCCAGCCAGACGGUUUGCCCUCUGCACGGAAAUUGGUUUACUACACGGGUUGCCCCUUCAGGUCACGGCACCUACUGCAGCUCCUCAGCAACAGCCACCGGCUCUUUCUGAAUAUCCAGCCAGUGUUGAAGCAAAUCCGAAAACUAGAGGAGGCUGAAGAGAAGAAGCGCUACCGAGAGUCCUAUAUCAGUGACACGCUAGACAUGGACCUGGACCCGUGCGAUAAGAACUCGCGCGGCAGCGGGAGCAGCGGGGGCAGCCGGAGGGAUAACCGUCUCUCGCGCCAGUCCACGGGGAGUCACAGCAGCUCUCACACAUCUGGCAUCGAGGCUGACUCCAGGCACCGGGUGUCGGUGGAAAUGUCAGUGGAUGAGCCCUUCAGCAUUGACCGUGUGCAUAGGAAAGAGAAAUCCUGCAGCUCAACCAUCAGCUACGGUAGCUCUGGCAUCGACAGUGGCAGCAAAGGGCGGGCUGAAGAUGAAUCUCAGGAUGAUGAGCUUGAGCUGGCAGUAGAUGAGCCAGAGGAGGUGCCUGUAGAUGAGCCUUUAGAGGGAGACCAGUUAGAGGAGGCCACUGUGGGAGAAUCUGUUGAAUCUCUUCCCAUAGAUGCUGCUAGCUGCCAAGCUAUAAAUCAGGAAUCGCUGUCUGUGAUACAAGUCACGCUAAUAAAAAUGCGAGGUCAAAGUGUGGAAUCCCUUCACCAGGUCAGAUCGCCCAAAAGCAGGAGCUGCACGGACCAGCACAGCCAGAGUUUGGAUGACAUCCGCCUCUAUAAGCACCGGCACCCGCCACUAAGUGCCACGCUGUCUUCAGACACAUCCCACAGCUACACGUUUGGCUGCAGCCUGGAGGAUAAGCUGUCUAUCUAUGGCUGCGUUUAUUCCACAGCAGACUGCAAAACCAAGUCAGCCCUUUAUGGGAAGCGAUCCAUGAACUGCCUCUCCUUGGAUCUUCUGGGAGAGGACCAGCUGCCAGAGGAGUUUGUGGUGUAA